AUGAAGACAAUAGCACCAAGAUUUUUGUCCCUAGAUCUGCUUUCGAUAUUAUCUGGCACCCUCCAAAUCAACACAAAAUGCAGUAUGAAAUGUCCUAGAUACCGUGCGAUUACAAGUGCUUACUACAGAGGAGCAGUAGGUGCAUUGCUGGUGUACGAUAUCACCCGCCACGUCACGUUCGAAAAUGUUGAGAGAUGGUUGAAGGAACUGCGGGAUCACACAGAUUCAAACAUCGUAAUCAUGCUUGUGGGCAACAAGGCCGACUUACGCCACUUGCGGGCCGUAACUACAGAAGAUGCCACUGCUUUUGCCGAGAAAGAAAAGACUUUUUUCAUGGAAACUUCUGCCCUCGAAUCAACCAAUGUCGAGAAUGCAUUCACAGAAGUGCUUACGCAGAUACAUCGUGUCGUAAGCAGGAAAGCUCUCGAGGGUGGAGAUGAUCCAGCAGCGUUACCAAAGGGUCAAACAAUCAGCGUUGGCUCUAAAGAUGAUGUUUCGGCUGUAAAGAAAGCUGGCUGCUGCUCUUCUUGA